UUUUUUUAGUUACAUAGACAAACACCUCUGAGCUGUCUCGCUCCUACUACUGCCUACUGGCGUUACCAGAUCGAAGGAUAGACGGGCGAUCCAUGGAGCUGGAGGCUGCUGCCGCGCCGGCUACGUGCAGGAGGGACGGGCGGAGGCUGGUGAGGUGCCCGCGGCUGCAGCUGGACACCGAGACGGCCACGGCCAUCGAGCGUUCCACGGGGGAGAGCGUCGCCGCCGAGGGCGCGAUGCGCGUCAAGAUCGUGCUCAGCAAGCAGCAGCUCAAGCAGGUGGCGGCGGCCGUCGCCGCCGCCGGGAGCGGCGGCGCCUUCGCCGGGCUGCCGCCGGCGCUGGAGCAGCUCGUCAGCGUGCUGAAGCGCCGCCAGCACGCCAGGAAGCAGCAGGCUGCUGCGGCCGACGCGGUGGCUGCUGCCGGAAGGCGCCGGGGCCGCUGGUCGCCGGCGCUGCAGUGCAUCCCGGAGGAGUGCUUUUAGCUAGAGCUAGGCGUGCGUGCGUACGUACGUUUGUGUAGUACUCUGUAUUCUAGCUACAUUCUGCUUGUAUAUAGCUAGCUAGCUAGCUUUCCCCAAAUUUUCGGGCUCUUCUUCCUUGGGUCGCGUUCGCGACGUGCCGAUCGAUUGGGCCAAAAUGAGCGUCCGAUGGUUGCAUCACAAAUUUGAAAUGUCACUUGUUUCAAUCUGG